AUGUCAAAGUUAAAGUCGAAAGAGGCUCGCCUCAGGGAGAUCCAGUGGCACUCAGCAGAAGACGCCGAGUCGCUCGGUGGCCUCCACUCCAACACCAUCCUCUUCUACUUCUCCUACUCGCCCUUCUUCGAACGCACCUCCAACAAUGCCGUCAUCUUCUCCCAGGCCCAGGCCAACCAGACCAUGUUCCACCUCAUCCAGACCCGCGAGGCGUUCGAAGGCCACCUGAAGACCAUGAAGGGUCUGCAGUUCGUCGUGGCGGAGGAGCCUGCCGAGUCGGCGCCCGGUACCGGGACGGGCGUGUGGGUGAUCAGGAAGCAGACCAGGCAGGUCAAGUUCCAGGAGGAGGAGAUCAUAGUCCACGCAUACUACUUCAUCGUCGGGCUGAACAUCUACAUGGCGCCGACGAUGGCGGAUCUCCUGGCUACAAAGAUUAUGAUGAUCUCCUCCGCCAUCUCGCAAGCCCUCACCACAGCAGAGAGCAUUAAGAAGUGGCAGGCCUCUACGGGCCAUGUAUACCAACUCCCCGGCACUGCUACGGCACCCAAGGCCACCAAGACAGUCGAAGCCAAAGCAGAGACACCUUUGCCUGAUGCGACGGGCAAACCCGCGCCUGCGACUGCCUCCAAGAAUGACGAGACGUCGCUGGAAAAGCUCAUUGAGGAAUCCUACUGGAUUCAUAUGAAGUACGGAGGGGACUAUAUUGACGAGAACCCAAUCACGGGAAGACCAGGGGAAUUCCACCUGUCGUCCACUGGCCGAAAGCCAGUCCCUCCUCCAAAGGCGGUGGAGCAGACCGGGAUUGGCGCCAUCAGCGGGCCAAAGCUGAACACCAAGAUAGUCGACAAGAAGGACGGGAAAGAAAAGUCUCCAAAGUCGGCAACGAUGCCUAAGCUCAAGAGGAAGAAGAGCAGGGGCCCCAAGGGUACUCCCUCAGCGGCGGCAACCCCCGUUGCCACCACACCCGCCGCAUCGUUUUAA